AUGAGGCUCCAUUAUCUGCUAUUUGCAUUCCUCAUCUUGUUCUUGGUGCCUGCUCCGGGGGCUGGAUUCCUCGCAAAUGGACUCCGAAGAUUCUUCUGCCGAAUAAGAGGCGGCCGGUGUGCUGUGCUCAACUGCCUUGGACAGGAAGAACAGAUAAGCAAAUGUUCGAACAGAGGUCGAAAAUGCUGCCGAAAGAAGAAGAAGUAG